AUGUCAAACGAGUUUUCUUGUUUCUUUUACGGUUCUCUGGUUUCUCCGGAAGUAAUAAGACGCGUACUUAGUGAUAAUGGGAAUGAAAAAAUUACUGUUGAUCUUAAUUCGGGAGCUCCGGCUGUCUUGAAGGGAUAUAAACGUCAUAAAGUCCGUGGAGCUUGGUAUCCAGCCAUAAUAAAAAGUAAAGAUGAUGAAACAAAAGGAGUUGUUUUUAAAGGUCUUACUUAUAAUGAUCUUUUGAAACUUGAUUAUUAUGAGGGUGAUCAAUAUAAAAGAGUAAAUGUUGAAGUAUUUGUCAAUAAUUCAACAGAUCCUAUACCUACUCAAACUUAUGUUUGGAUUGCUUCUAAUGAUUUAUUGGAAAAUGAAGAUUGGAGUUUUGAUGAAUUUAAAAAGCAAAUGCAAGAGAGUAAUAUUAAUUUGUUUGAAUAA